GAAACUCGACGCUAAACUUCCAUUCCUACGGCGUGCUGGCGCAGAGCUUCCACCAGGCAAAGGUGCCGAAUUUCCAGCUCCUCGCAACUGACACGGACACACGUGGGCAGGUCUUUGCUUCGCUGAUGGAGCACAAUGAGCUGCCAAUGUUUGCGUCGCAAUUUCAUCCAGAGCUUUACUACUUCUUGGAUCCUGAUAGCGCUGCACAAAAUCCGGCUGUCCGACAUGCUGUGGAAGCCAAUCGCUACUUCAUGCACUUCUUUGUGAAGGAAGCAGCGAAGAAUGCUGCAGCUGUUCACGCCGACUCAGCAACACCGUUGCGAAUUGGCGAGUACCCCAUGAGCUUCCCUCCGCUGGGCAUCUUCGGAAGUUCUGGCGGCGAGCUCUUCCCGGGAAAGAUCCUUCGGGGACAUGUCUGGAACUACAGCAGGCCGAUGACGGCCGAGGAGCUGAGUUUGCUCGCGGCUUCGCUGCGGAGGAGCAGAGGGAGCGGCCUCCUUGGCCCACUAGGCCCCAUAGAGGGCCCGUGGGUGGCCCGGGCAGCAGUGGUCACUGCAGCUUUGUUGACUGCUGGCAUGUUAUCUGCCUGGCUCCGGAGAUCAAAGGUCGAGGGCGAAGGUUGUGCCUCUGCACGAUCUCCGCUCCUCGCCGAUGGCCCAGUUCUGCCCGCCUGA